AUGGCACCACCAUCAGAAGUUCCAACGCGAAAAAGAGGACGACCGCGAACAUAUACAUCUACUAAGGCAAAGCAAGUAUCGAAUGUCACGCAACGGCGGAACCGGCGACAGUCUGCCCGCGCUGUACAUCGUGCCCAGCAAUUCGACGAGCACUAUUCUACCACAGUGCCCCUAUCCACUGAUAUCAAUGAACCUCCGUCAACCUAUUUUCCUCCGGGGGAACUCUCCAUCGCCACCGAGGUUGAGCAACUUCUACCACCUCUUAGCCCCGACCUUGGACCAUGGGAACCAUCGAUGCCUGAGAUCCCGCCGAUAGAUAACGAGGUGCUGCUGGAAUCCACGACUGAUAUAGCCAACGAUCCUACUCUAGCAAUCUCGCCGGACAGUGCACAAGAAAGGACCACCGAAGCCAGUCCUAUACGAGGGAUAACUGAAACCCCGGUUCAAGCGACCGAGCCGUUUGUGGUUCCACCCCCCGUGCAAUCCGAAGACUUGACAACCAACGCGGCUAGCAAUAUCCAUAAAUUAGCCCAGCUUCUUACUGACCAGCUUCAACAACACCAUGGCUGCUGCCGCCAGUGCCAUACGGAGCAGGAGAGUGAACAUGGAAUACAGCACACGGAGCAUCUCGGCCUAGGAGAGUAUAUAGACCGGAUUCAGGUAGAUGGGGGAUACCCAGAUGUUCUCAGUGCGGCGACAAUGGCUAGACGUGAGGACAACCUAGCAGGAAAGACCAGCGCAGCCCGAAAACGGGAGAUCUAUACCGGGAUAAGUCUAGCCACGCCUGACGCUCGUCCAGUCCACCUCUGCCUUGCCGCCGAUCAUAAGCCAGAACGCCCAACGGCGGUGACAUUUGAUAUCGAUAGUAUUGUUGGAUUCGCGCACAGCCUAGCAGUGGCCAAACUUGGAGUGCGGUGGAACUCGACUCAGAUGCCUGUCUCUGAUCUUCGUUCGAGCCUACAUCUAAAUCCCAUUCCUACACACUAUAUUGGAAGCAAUGGUCGCGCUCAUCACGUCCGACGGCCGGUGCAUAAGAUCCCACAUUAUACAUUUGGACGGUUAGUCGGAUUUGAGGAUAUAUCUCUUUACUUCCUAUUCCCGCGGCUAUACCGGGAGGAGCAGCAAUCCAGCCGCCUCCGUGAUGAUGACUUUCGGAUCUGGAUAGACCAGAUACUCCUCCCUGCAAUCUACCGCCAUCACGAUGGUUCGCUUGUCCAGCAUUAUCCUUCUAGCUUUGACCACAGCCGGCUAAAUGCUACGGCCCGGGGUGUUGAGAUGCGCUCGCAGCGAGUGGAUCCAGUCGCUCGGGAGCAGCUUCUAUUCUAUUUCCUCCCACCAAAUGCACUCUCGCUUGUGUGGGCAAGUAUUCUGGAGACCAUCGAGAGCGCUGGACUCCAGCAAUUCUCGGACGUGACUAUCCUUGUCCAAGGUAAAAACCUGAAGACAUUGACCAAAGCAAAUACGUGGGACGGUAUGAUGCAGGAGUUUGCCCAGCAUUGGGGUAACACGAUCGACGAGUCUCAUCUCUCCGAUCAAUUCUAUAUUGAUAUUGGGAAAGAGACCUGUCCUACUGGGCCCUCACAGGUUGGUGGUGUUGGACUCAACGCAUCUAGGCACCGUUCGGACGGAGAGCCCCGUGCAAACCAACUAGUGCCACAGACCAUCCUCUGGCGGCGAUGCUGCUUAGAGUCGUAUGCUGAGUGGAUUGGGCAGCAGCAUCCUCCUGAGUCCUCACGUCCAAAGCAGCAGUUUUAUCCGAUCAGCCUACUCUACGACUCGGGCAGCCUCACACUAGAGACGCAUCGAGCCGCCCCACAGCGGCAGGCAGGCCUUCUCUAUACGCAGCUUUAUUCGAGCGUCAAGGAGGUUUUCGCGGCAGGGGAUGUAUACCCAUUUACGAACUCGGCCGUAGACACCUUAGCGCUAGACCCCCAGCUACGUAAGACGUGGCAGUAUGUCGGAGGAGGUCUUAGUCAUGACCCCGUCGCGUUGAUGCGGGCUUAUCUCAACAUGAAGCAGCGGUGCCAUGCUGCCUUACAAGGAUCAUAUAUGAAAGUAUUUGGUCUUCGCGAAGAGCACCGUAUCUCCCGGCGUCUUUUCUAUGCCAUCGAUCAGGAAUUCCGAGAACGCAACCUUCAUCAGGCGCAACUUCCCGGGGUUCUAUCGGAGGUUGAGCCGUUUUACUCCCUCCCCACCUCGACCCUCCUCUUUUGGUUCCACUGGAAUAUCAAUAAGUUCUGCGUAGGGUUUGAGACCGUUUAUAGCAUCAAUGACCGCCAUUUCGUCACGUGGGAACAUACUCGGGUUAUGAUGAUGUUUCUGCGCUGCCUACAAUUUUCCUAUACGGGUGGCCUUCUACAGCGUGUGUCCGGCUGCUGGCGGGAUGUCUGGUUCCAGCCUGAUGCUCGGCGGACGGACGGCCUUCGCCGGUGUGAAGGUCUAGGAUUCCAAAGUAGCAUGGAGAAAUAUGGAUAUGCCUGGUUUCUGGAUAAGCUCAACUGGGAUACGAUGACCUUUCGACAACCGUCCGCGCAAUAUAUGAUGUUCAACAGCCCUUCGAUACAGGCGGCGUUCCACGCACGGUAUGCGCAGAUCCGAGACGUUCGUCUGGACUUCCUACGGGUGCACCAGGCCCACCGCUGGAUGGAAGAAUUUAGCUCAAUUCCUCCUUGCCUCGAUCUUCUCGCGGACUUCCUACGACAGCUGUCUCUUUGCGUGUUUCGUAAGGACGUGUUUCUACAGGUCAAACGACUAUUACACCCAGACCAUGCUUCUCGGGCUCUAGCAGGAGAGGUUCCCCUUAGCUAUGACAGCAUCAGCGGCGUAUUUAUUGAGGGCGCCCAACCAUUACAGCUUCUAGAUCAGCGUCGGAUCGCAGUAAAGAGCGUGGACACUAUCUUCGCUUGGCUAUGGGAGUGGAAAGAUGGCCGUUUUGAUCGGAAGGGGUGGAAGGACAAGCCAUAUCGUAUGGUGUACCAGCAAAGCUUCGAGGCUCUCCACCAAAUUCUGGGCAAGGAUAGAGCGCGGGAGUGGAAGAAAGUCUUAAGGACUUCAUUCCUCCAAAGCCACUGGUUACUUCCAUACCCACAUAGCAAUGGAUUUAUGCGCAGGUCUAAGGAUACAGGACAGGAGGUAUGGUGGUCUAACUUCAAUGCCGGAUUGUACGAACACUACAGGCAAUGGUAUGGUGUGUCGCGAGGGGGUGACCCUUUCCCUGCCGAAUAUAUCAAACACUAUCCAACGACUGGCUGGGGCCGCUCGUCUGGCGAAUCUCAGUACAUGGAGAACGCUAUGGAACCAGAGAUGGAUCUGGUUAGGCUUCCUGAAGGGGAAUUCUAUGAGAAAUUGUUACAGAUCGCCGAUCGGUUUUCCCAGAAUCCCGAUGCCCCGGCAUGGAAGACCAAAGCACCGCAGACUAUUUUUGGCUUUAGUAUCAGAAUUGGAGAUGACUCAUUGUUAAAGGCCCAGCGCAAGGUCAAAGGGACUGCGGCGCAAGAUUUCUGCAUGCAAAUGAUCCAAGCCUUGGAUGAAUAUGAGGUCUUAGGACAUUCUGGACGGAUGCUCCGGCCCCGCAAGAGGCACAGACGACAAGUUCCGUUGGCCGCGCGUGACACCGAAGACGAGAUCACAUCCGAUGAAGAAUCAAUCGCCAACCGACGCGAUCGCUUAGCGGCAAACAUCCUUGAGCUUGAACCGAAAAUGCGGGUGGCAGUUACCGCGGAGCGAGAACAGUACCGGUGGCCCCUUUUACAUAGUGUUCAUCUGAAACAUCUUGAGCCACGACUUCAGCGAUUCAAGGUUGCCGGAACACAAGCUAGCGACUCGCCUUAA